UACCGCGGUGUCCGUCUGCGUCCGAAGUGUAGCAAAACGCAUGUGUGAUCUGCAUAUUUAAAAAUAAAUUCGCGCGCUUGAAAUUUGUCGGAGAAAAGCUCGUGCGUGUAGUUAGUGUCCAGUUCGAGUUGGGAUUGAUCGAAUCUUUCUGACAGCUGUCUCGGAAGUGUUGCAUCAGCUAUGGAAUCAGCAAGUGGCUUAGCGGUCCUCGAAGAUGAGGUUCUGCACAACGAAACCAAAGCUUUAUGGGUCUUUGCUUACGGCUCCCUGUGCUGGAAACCCGGCUUCCAGUUUAACAAAGCUGUCACCGGCUACGUCCAAGGGUUUCACCGCCGGUUCUGGCAGGGGAACACCACGCACCGGGGGACAGAAGAAAAGCCCGGUCGUGUCGCCACUUUGGUCGAAAACAGUAAGGGCUUGGUCCACGGGGUCGCUUUCGCGGUGAGCGGAGAGGCCGCGAUUCCGUACUUGUCGAAGAGGGAGUGCGAGUUGGGAGGGUACAGUUCGGUGUUCACCACCUUCUACCCCGUCAGCGGGGAGCCGUUCAAGGUGCUGCUGUACGUGGCCACGCCGAAGAACCCGCUCUGGCUGGGAGAUGCCCAAAUUUCGGACAUCGCCGACCAGAUUGUGGACUGCCGGGGGCCCAGCGGGUACAACGUCGAGUACGUGCUGCGACUGGCCAAUUUCAUGAAGCACCACUUCCCGGAGCACGACGACCAGCACCUGUUUCACCUGGAGGAGGCGGUCUUGAGGAGGGUCAAGGAGCGCAACAUGUGCCUCAAAACCCUCAUGGGGGACGGCGAAGGCUGCGUCACCUUCGUCAAAGUCGAGCGGCGGAGGUCCACGGACAGCUCUGACGACAAUCCGGACCGGAUAGAGACGUUCCAACACACGACGCGGGUUCCAGAAAAAACGCUACGUUGCUUGAAUAUUUAGCGAUUGUUUAUUUAUUUAUUAUAGCAACGGUGCUACCGUGUAGUACCAAUUCGUUCAGUGUUGAUUGUGAUUUUAUUUUUGCAUUUAAGUAUAUUUUUAUAUGAGUCGUGCGGUCCAGUCAACAGUUACAGGUUCAGAGAUAUAUUUAUAUUGUUUUGUAUUGGCCCAACUGUGAUUUUAUAAUUAACAAAAUAAACUCGUAUUUAAUAA